AUGGCCACCGACGUGGAAAAAGCAUCACCACCCCCCUCUCCACCACCCGACUCCACGACGCCAACCACACCCGCUCGCACCGCCAACAACACCACCACCACCACCCCCGACGUCUUCAACCCCCGCCUCGCCUGGACCCAAGUCCUCGCCGGCCACCUCUGCGUCUUCAACACCUUCGGCCAAAUCAACGCCUUCGGCAUCUUCCAGGCGCACUACACCUCGCGCCUCCGGCCCCCCCUGCCGCCCAGCACCAUCUCCUGGAUCGGCACCCUCCAGAUCCUGCUCAUCUACGGCCUCGGGCCCCUCUCCGGCCGCUGCCUCGACGCCGGCCACCUGCGCCCCGUCAUCGCCGCCGGCACCGCAUUGCAGGCGCUAGGGCUGUUCGCGCUGAGCGGCGUCGACUUGGAUGAUGGUGGUGGGACUGGGGCGUAUUGGAAGGUUGUGUUGGCGCAGGGCGUGUGUCAGGGGGUUGGGAUGGGCUUGGUUUUCUGCCCGGCGGUGGCGAAUGCCGCGACGGCGUUUGCGGGGAGCGCGCGCAGGGUGCUGGCCGUGUCGUGUGUGGCGUGCGGGGGCGCGACGGGGGGCGUGGUUUUCCCCGCGAUCGCGCAGAGGAUGAUGGCGGCGGGGGGCCCGGCGGGGUUUGCGUGGAUGGUGCGGGUGAUGGGGUUCGUGGUUGUGGGGAAUGGGGCGGUGGUGUUGGCGUUGGCGAGGGCGAGGGCGAGGGAGGGGAGGGAGAGGGGGAGGGAGAGGGAGAGGGGGAGGGAGAGGGAGAGGGCGCCGUUGGUCGAGUGGAGCGCGUUUGCGGAGCCGCCGUAUGCGCUGUAUUGCGUCAGCAUGUUCUUUGCGUUUUGGGGCAUCUGGGUCGCGUAUUAUUAUGUCCGGUCUUAUGCUCGCGAUAUCCUUGGCUUCUCUGAUGUCGACUCUUUCAACCUCAUUCUCAUCAUCAAUGGCGUUGGCGUCCCCGGUCGCCUCGUCCCGGCACUCAUCGCAGACCGCUUCUUCGGCCCGGUGAACGUCUUCAUCCCGGUCAUAUUCCUCGCCGGCAUCUGUCUCUUCUGCUGGGCUGCCGUGGCGAGUUCGGCAGGCAUGAUCGCCUUCGUCGUCUUCUAUGGCUUCUUCGGCGCUGGCACCCAAAGCCUGCUGCAAGCUGCCCUCGCCAGCUUGAACACGGAUGUGAAGAAGGCUGGCGUUAGGAUCGGCAUGGGGUUUAGCGUGGUUGGCCUCGCCUCGUUGACUGGAAGUCCUGUCGGCGGCGCGCUGUUGGAGCAGAAGAACGGUCAGUACUUGUACGCGCAGAUGUUUGCUGGCGGUACCAUGGUGCUGGGCAGCUUCAUACUUGUGGCAGCGAGGAUUUCCAAGACUGGCUUCGUUUUACGGAAGCGGAUGUGA